AAGACAGAUCCUCCUGGUAGUUCACACAAUGUUCAAAAGGCGCAAGUCCCUUGCUUCAGAACGCAGGAGAGAAUUAAUUUCCCCAGGAGCUACACGGUCCAUGCUGAAGAAUGAUAUGAGAAAUUUUCACUUUUUGUCGCAACUUAUACUCGCAGCAGGCCCUCUAAAAUCAACUCCAGCAGUUAAACAUUCAAAAACUACUCACUUUGAGAUUGAAAUACUUGACGCUCAAACCAGAAAGCAGAUAUGUAUUGUGGACAAGGUGACACAAAAAUCCACUAUUCAUGAUGUUAAACAAAAAUUUCACAAAGCAUGUCCAAAGUGUUACCCUUCUCGAGUGGGCCUGCAGCUAGAACGUGGUGGGCCCUUUUUGAAGGACUACACAACCAUUCAAAGUGUUGCAACUUCCUCCAUUGUCACACUUUAUUUUACAGACCUGGGUCAGCAAGUCAGUUGGACCACAGUAUUUUUGGCUGAAUACACAGGACCUCUGCUAAUAUAUCUCCUCUUUUAUUUGAGAAUCCCAUAUAUAUAUGACAUGAAAGAGAGCUCUAGAAGAUUACGUCACCCAGUGGUACACUUGGCCUGCUUCUGUCAUUGUAUACACUACAUCCGAUACCUUUUGGAAACCUUAUUUGUUCACAAGGUUUCUGCAGGACAUACACCUUUGAAAAAUUUGAUAAAGAGUUGUGCCUUUUACUGGGGAUUCACUUCUUGGAUUGCCUACUACAUUAAUCACCCACGAUACACACCACCAUCAUUUGGAAACAGGCAAGUCAUAGCAUCUGCUAUCAAUUUUCUGAUUUGUGAAGCUGGAAAUCAUUUCAUCAAUGUAGUGUUGGCUCAUCCCAAUCACACAGGAAAUAAUGCCUGUUUUCCAAGUCCAAAUUAUAACCCCUUUACAUGGAUGUUUUUCCUGGUUUCAUGUCCUAACUACACCUAUGAGAUUGGAUCAUGGAUUAGUUUCACAGUCAUGACGCAAACAUUGCCAGUUGGGAUUUUUACACUUCUGAUGAGUAUCCAGAUGUCUUUGUGGGCACAAAAGAAACAUAAGAUUUAUCUGAAGAAAUUCAAUUCUUAUAUGCAUAGGAAAUCAGCAAUGAUUCCAUUUAUAUUGUAAGAAAAAAUAAGUGAUCUUUACAUACAGAAAACCUCUAUAUAAACUCAUUAAAUCAAACUUGAUCAAGGAUAGCUGCCUAUUAUGUUCCAGAAAUUCACAAAUAACAGUAUAUUUGCUUGAUUAAAAAUAUAAAAUUGUAGAAUGUAGCUGAAUUUAGAGUAAUAAACUUGAGGCAAAUGAAAAGUAGAAAUUACAAAUAUGACUAAUGGAAAAUAGCAUCCAAUACAUUUGCAAGGGACUGAUCAUUGAAUGAGAUGUUCUUACUUCAUUAAAUAUUUCAUAAUUCUAUUUUCUUAAGGC